AUGUCGUCAGAGAUUGAUGAAUAUAAUGGUGGUUCCGUAUUAGCAAUGCUUGGGAAAAACUGUGUCGCCAUCGCGUCUGAUAAACGCUUCGGAAUGAAGUUAAUGACCCUCGGUACAGAGUUCCCAAAGAUUUUUCAAGCCACCGAUAAAAUUUACAUUGCAAUGGCUGGGUUGGCUACUGACAUUCAAACUUUAUCAGAACUUAUUCGAUACAAGAUCAACAUGUACAAAUUACGCGAAGAACGUGAAAUAGAACCAACUACUUUAGCUUAUAUGGUUGCCUCCACUUUAUACGAAAGACGAUUUUCACCAUAUUAUGUAUCCCCACUUAUCGCUGGCUUAGACAAAAAUAAUAAACCAUACAUCUGUAAUAUGGAUUUGAUUGGAUGUGUUACCACCACAAACGAUUUCGUGGUUGGUGGCGCAGCUGAUGAUUGUUUGCUCGGAACGUGUGAAGCUUUGUAUGAACCUGAUUUGGAACCCGAGGAUUUAUUUGAGACAAUAUCACAAUCAUUAAUUAGUGCUGUAGAUAGGAAUGCAGCCAGUGGUUGGGGUGCUGUAGUACAUGUCUUAACUCCAGAAAGAGUAAUCACACGCACACUUAAGACUCGUCAGGAUUAG